AUGGCCGCCCUCCCCAAGCGAAUCGUCAAGGAGACAGAGCGCCUAAUGGCGGAGCCCGUCCCAGGUAUCAGCGCUAUUCCACACGAAGAUAACCUUCGAUACUUCGAUGUCCAGAUACAUGGCCCGUCGUCGUCUCCCUACGAAGGCGGCGUCUUCAAGCUCGAGCUCUUCCUUCCAGAUGACUACCCAAUGACACCCCCCAAAAUCCGCUUCCUGACCAAAAUCUACCAUCCCAACAUCGACAGGCUCGGUCGCAUCUGCCUGGACGUCCUAAAGAGCAACUGGUCCCCCGCCCUCCAAAUCCGCACCAUCCUCCUCUCCAUCCAGGCACUCCUCGGCGCGCCGAACCCAGACGACCCGCUCGCCAAUGAUGUAGCGCAGCGGUGGAAGGAGGACCAGAACGCUGCCAUCGCAACAGCGAGGGAGUGGACGCGGACGUAUGCGAAGGCGUAG